GAGUGGGGGGGCCCUGGCUGACUAUGUUGUUUCACAACAAACUUCUCUGGGGACCAAACUUCUCAAUAUCUAGGAAGCAGUAGAAUGAGAUUUCAUAAAUGAGAUUUUGAAGGAAGUUUUGAACAGUUUAGGCUACAGUUUGUCUGAACACAGAAUUAUGCAAAAUGAGUCAAAUGGAAAAUAAAGUUACCAGUGUUUGGAGGUGAGUAAGGGCCCCGGCCAGCAACAAACUUGAGAAUGACUUCCUUGAUUCCUAAACAGGUCCACUUUGUAUCUCAUCAUUUCCCUUCUCCAGUCCAACCUUUAUGGCUCCAGAAAAAUUUGUAAGUGUCGAUGAAAACGUGGAAGAAAGGGACCUGAAAUUCGAGAGGUAUAGUCCAAAUGCAUUUGGGCUGGUGAACAUUUUGCGAUGGUGAGGUAUAUAUUUGUGCAAACCCAUGCCUGUUGAAACGGAAGAACUUAGCAAGCUUUCUCCAGCAUAGAAAGGACAUCCAGAACAUAUGGACAGAAUGUGAAGCAUUUAGUUAACAAAACACUCAGUUUUGUUAAAAAGAGAGGAAAACACUUGACAGUACGAUAAGGAAUAUGUAAAUUUUUUAACAUGCUUCAAAAAGCUAGAACACUGUUCCCUCCUUCUCCCUGUAGUGUAUUUUGAUAAUUUCCAAGCAGACGGCAAAGAAAAGGAAAUUAUAUCAAUGCCUCUGGGGAGAAUGUGACAUUCUGACUUCUUGAAGCCUAGAAAGAGGUUUAUAAACUUAAAAAAUGAAAAUGAUGAAUUUAAUCUUUCCAGACUUGUCAAACUUGUCUCAAUUAAUUUUUGAUGACAUAAUUAGAACUUAAGGCUUUAAUGUGUGCUUUUUUAGUUUACUUUUCAAAAGAUUUAAUUUUUAAAGACUCGGGGGAUACAGAGGGCUUUGCGGUGGGAACUGGAGCAGGAAGAAGGGGUGGACUCUGAGUAGGUUUGAGUGCUGAUUCAGAGUACUCUAUUAAGCCAAGAGAGAUGAACUCAUUUUUUUCCUCCCUUGGGGAAUCGGACAAGAAACAGGAAGUCAUUGAUUCUAAGUAAGAUCAUUCACUCUGCAAUUGUAAACAGUGUAUUAUGUGCCUGUAAAUAUUUUCAGAACCCAUUGGCUUGUUGGAAAAUGCGAAGUAAAUUAUUACGAUGUCUAGCAAACAACCCACCAUAAAAAAAAGGUUAUUUUCAAUCUUUUUAUCUGUAAUGUUUAUACAGUGGAAUAUUAAUUAGCUUGGACAUUGAGAAACUACUUGGCUGGACACACUGUUCACUGCCAGAAAUCCAUCUACUCAAAUGUUUUGUCUGUUGAAAGACAAACAUUUUUAACUCCACCCUGUAAUAUUGUGUCCUACCGAAACGCAAAAAUUCUUUCAUUACUUGAUCCGUUUGGGUUUUCACUGCCACAAACACUGAAAUAUCCCACUGUUAACCAGAUGUUGGCUGCGUCCCUUUUUGUCUCAUGUAGCUAAAUAGACAAUCUAAUAGCAAACUGCCACUCCUCAUUACUUAGGAGAGCAGCGUCCAGGCUGUCUGUCCAGAUCAACCUGCAGCUGAAACUUUUUCUUCCCUCUGUCAAGUAGGAGAAGCUGCUGCUUGGAAGUGCCACCUUUUCCCUUUGAACAGGGGGAUUCUGCAUAAGGAGAGAAGAGCACGGAUUAGGGACAGGACAACGCAGUGGAAAAGAUAAAUGCAUAGGUCCAGCUCCAGCUGAGGAGUAUCAGCUGGGGCUACCUCCUCCAACGAAACUAGGCUUCUGAAGGACUGGAGAAGUCAUGAGAAGGGGAGCUCUCCAAGUUGUUACAUAUUAAUCCAUGCUAACUGUGUCAAGACUUGCAGUAUGGAGAUCUGUAUUACACAUGAUUUUCCUUCGUCACACUGAAAAUAGUGGCUACUUGCCUUUCCUUGUGAGGAUCUUACUGUUCAUGGCAUAGCAUAAAUAUGGCUGAACUUUCGGAGCCAGAAGGUACUGUAAACUGGAAGGAAAGAUGUUUAACUUUGGAGUCACAGUUAAUGAAAUUUCGUCUCCAAGCAAGCAAGAUCAGAGAAUUGUUAGCGGAAAAGAUGCAGCAGCUUGAGAAACAAGUUAUAGAUGCUGAUCGUCAAGCAGAGAGAGCAUUUCAGCAGGUGCAGGUCAUGGAAGAAAAAUUAAAAGCAGCAAAUGUUCAAACGAGUGAAUCAGAAACCAGGCUGUAUAAGAGAUGUCAAGAUCUGGAGAUCCUGAUACAAGAUAAAAAUGACAUAAUACAAAAAUUGGAAAAACAGCUUGAAGAACAGAAGCAAAUAAGACUGCAAGAAGCAAAAAUCAUAGAAGAAAAAGCAGCUAAAAUAAAAGAAUGGGUGACAGUCAAGCUCCAUGAGUUAGAGGUGGAAAAUCAGAACCUUCGCUUGAUCAACCAAAAGCAAACCAAAGAGAUGAAAACUGUACAAUCUAAACUGCAAGAGGCUACUGGCAAGAAAUCUGUUACUUCAACACAAAAACCUGGAGAGUGUCAGCGACUAAGUGGUUUGACUUUUGGAUGCUUUUCAAAUAGAGCAAGAAGUCCUCAACCAUCUUCUAAGUUUGAAGACAUAAGCAAGUCUUCGGCUAAAGAGCCAGACUACACUGAAGGCAAAAACAUGCCAGAGAAGGAUAUCCUGGAAACUACCUUUGAUAGUCCUGCACAUGAGACAAAUAAAGGUCAGAAGUCAUUGCAACAAAGUUCCUCUGGUUCAGAGCAGAACAAAAAUGUGAGAACAAGCUGUUCAUCCAAAGAUAUAGACAGUGACAUGUCAAAGAACUCGUGCACUACCGGGAGUGACUGGAGCUCAGAUGAGGAUGGAGGAGACAAUAAAGGACUGAAAUCCAGGUGCGCAUCGACUCUUUCAAGCCACACAUCUGAAGAGAAUGCAAGGUACAGUAGAGUGGCAAGUGAAAUGUAUUUGACAGCAUCUGAUGACAGUAGUUCUCUAUUUGAAGAAGAGAGUUUUGGUGUUAAGAGGACUCAGCAAAAGAAGUUAUACUCCUGGCAGCAAGGAUCCCAAAAAAAAGGCCAGAACAAUCUGAGUGGAAAGUGCAAUUCUGACUUCACAAGUAAAAAGAAAGACCAAGAUAGUUCUUCAGAUGAACUGAAUAAGAAAUUUCAAUCUCAGAGGCUAGAUUAUUCAUCCUCAUCCAGUGAAGCAAAUACCCCAAGUCCAAUUUUAACCCCUGCUCUGACACCCAGACACCCAAUUCUAGCACCUUCUGCAGGUUCUCAAUGCACAGCUCUAUCAAAUUCUCCCUCAAAUUUGCCACCUCCAAAGUUACGGACUCCUAAUGUUUUUAGUCUGAAUUCAGCAUUAACGAAGAAACACCUAAGCCAGCCCCAGCUGAGUUCUGACAGAAUGUUUGGUAGAAAUAGAAAUGCCAUAAGCAUGAUACGUCCAUGGAGACCUCAGGAAACAGACAUAGAUCUGGUGGAUGGAGAAGAUACUGAUAUUUUAGAGAAAAUGGAGAUUGGCUGUGAUGAAGGAGUGUUUACUUAUGACUGCACUGAAGCACAAAAUGCUGAAGUCCAGGAACCUUCUGAAAUGACAAAAAAGGGUGCUAGCAACAAACCUCCAACCCCUCCAUUACAUCGAUUUCCUUCCUGGGAAAGCAGAAUUUAUGCUGUAGCCAAAUCUGGUUUAAGGAUGUCUGAAGCUUUGACCCUGGAAGCUUGUAAUAAAAGUGCUGUUUCACUAACUUCAUGCUCCAUAUCCGGAUUAUAUACAUCCCUGAUAUAUAAGAACAUGACCACUCCUGUCUAUACCACUUUGAAAGGGAAAGCAACUCAAAUAAGCAACAGCCCAUUUAUAGAUGAGUCAUCAGGAUCAGAGGAAGAAGACAGCUCUCGGUCCAGCUCAAGGACUUCUGAGUCUGAUUCUCGAAGCAGAAGUGGUCCAGGUAGUCCUCGGGCUAUGAAACGAGGUGCGUCUCUGUCUUCUGUGACCUCAGAAAGUGACUAUGCUAUUCCUCCAGAUGCAUAUUCAGUAGAUACAGACUAUUCAGAGCCAGAGCAGAAACUUCCUAAGACCUCAUCCUCAUCUAGUGAUAAUGGAAAAAAUGAGCCUUUGGAAAAAUCUGGAUAUCUGUUAAAAAUGGGUGGUAAAGUAAAGACCUGGAAACGACGGUGGUUUGUGCUUAAAGGAGGCGAAUUACUAUAUUACAAAUCUCCAAGUGAUGUCAUUCGAAAACCUCAAGGUCAAAUUGAGCUAAAUGCAUCUAGCCAUAUUGAAAGGGGUGAUGGAAAACAAACUAUUCAGCUGACCACAGAAAAACGAACAUACUACCUGACUGCAGAUUCUCCCAACAUCUUAGAAGAAUGGAUCAAAGUACUACAGAACGUUCUUAAAAUACAGGCUGCUAGCCCACUCUUCAUAAAGUCCGAAAUCAAGCCAACCAUGAAAGGAUUACUUACAAAGGUGAAACAUGGAUAUUCCAAGAGAGUUUGGUGUACCCUUGUUGGAAAAAUUCUGUAUUAUUUCCGUAAUCAAGAAGACAAGUUUCCUCUUGGCCAAAUCAAGCUUUUUGAGGCAAAGGUGGAAGAAGUUGAUAGAUCCUGUGAUUCUGAUGAAGAUUAUGAAGCUAGUGGUCGCAGUUUAUUAUCAACUCAUUACACUGUUGUUAUCCACCCCAAAGACCAAGGACCCACUUAUCUUCUUAUAGGAUCCAAACACGAGAAGGACACAUGGCUUUAUCAUCUGACAGUUGCAGCUGGAAGUACCAGUGUAAAUGUUGGAUCUGAGUUUGAACAACUUCUUUGCAAAUUAUUAAAUGUGGAAGGUGAUGCCACUUCUCAGAUUUGGAGACAUCCUACCCUUUGCCAUAGCAAGGAAGGAAUUACUUCCCCUCUAACAACAUUGCCAUCAGAAGCCUUGCAAACUGAAGCAAUUAAAUUAUUUAAGACCUGCCAGUUGUUUAUAAAUGCUGCAGUUGACUCUCCUGCCAUUGAUUACCAUGUAUCUUUGGCCCAAAGUGCUUUGCAGAUCUGCCUCACACAUCCUGAACUUCAAAAUGAGAUCUGUUGCCAGCUUAUUAAACAGACUAGACGUCGACAUCCACAAAACCAGGCAGGACCAAUACAGGGAUUGCAGCUCUUGGCUCUCUGCGUUGGACUCUUUCUGCCCCAGCACCCAUUCCUUUGGCUUCUUAAACUUCAUUUAAAGAAGAAUGCAGAUUCCAGGACCGAGUUUGGGAAAUACGCAAUCUAUUGUCAGCGAUGUGUAGAACGUACCCAGCAGAACGGAGACCGAGAAGCAAGACCUUCCAGAAUGGAAAUCCUUUCCACUCUGCUAAGAAAUCCCUAUCACCAUUCGCUGCCCUUUAGUAUUCCAGUUCAUUUCAUGAAUGGCAUAUAUCAGGUUGUCGGGUUUGAUGCCUCUACCACAGUGGAGGAAUUUCUGAACACCCUGAACCAAGAUACAGGAAUGAGGAAACCAGCUCAGUCAGGAUUUGCACUGUUUUCUGAUGAUCCCUCUGGCAAGGAUAUAGAGCACUGUCUUCAAGGAAACAUCAAGAUCUGUGACAUUAUUUCAAAAUGGGAGCAAGCCUCCAAAGAACAACACCCUGGGAAAUGUGAAGGCACAAGGACUGUCCGCCUUACUUACAAAAAUAGGCUUUAUUUUUCAGUUCAAGUUCAUGGGGAGACGGACAGAGAGAAGCUGCUGCUAGUAUAUCAGACAAAUGAUCAAAUAGUCAAUGGACUUUUCCCUGUAAACAAAGAAUUAGCGAUGGAAUUGACAGCUCUUUUAGCCCAGGUAGAGAUUGGAGAUUUUGAACGGCCUUUCUCAACUCCAGCAGGGCAAGUUACUUCCCAGUCCAAGUCCAACCAAACACUGAAACAAGUUUUGGAGAGAUUCUACCCUAAGAGAUACAGACAAGGUUGCUCAGAGGAACAGCUAAGACAGCUUUGUCAGCGGUUGUCUACAAGAUGGAUGGCUCUCCGGGGGCACAGUGCUGCAGACUGUGUGCGCAUUUAUCUCACUGUAGCCAGGAAAUGGUCCUUCUUUGGUGCCAAACUGUUUGCAGCAAAACCUCUAUCAACAUCCUCAAGUGAGAAGUCCUUCAUCUGGUUUGCUGUACAUGAGGAUGGCAUAAGCAUCCUGGAUUACAGUUCUAUGCGAUUAACAGUUACAUAUACAUAUAAGAGCCUGAUGACUUUCGGAGGCUAUCAAGAUGAUUUCAUGUUGGUUGUUAACAAUGCUCAGACGAAGGACAAAACAACUGAAAAACACCUUUUUGCCAUGACAAAACCAAAGAUUCUUGAGAUCACUCUACUGAUUGCCAGCUACAUUAACAACUUUCAUCAGCUGAAAGGAGCUGCUCAUCACCUCUCUGCUCCAGCAUUACUGGCACCUCAAAGUGGACAGAAACUCAAGGAAAUGGGGAGUCAGCCACUUCUGACAAUCAACAGACCAACUAAAUGUCCCACUUUGUUAUGAAAGGAUUAUGUAUCAUGAUAAUCUUCAUUAGAGGGUUUCUACACUGAUUGAAAACCUUCUGAUGUACAAGACAUGGAGCAUAAGCAGGUCCAUAAACAAAAGAAAGGUGGACAGGUUUACAUUCAUUUCAGUGGCAUGUAACAGGAGUAGCCCUUUAAUUAAAGCCCUGGCUUGAACUGGAAUGAUGAUGAGCCACUUUAAGGAUUAUGCUUUACUGGUGGUCACUCGUGCCCACAAUUGUUCCCUGGCAUUGGGAACAAUUGUCUAGAUUUUAAUAGAUUUUUCCAGAUAUAUACUCAGGGACCAAACUCUCUUCAACUCUCUUCAGCUGUUCAUCUCUACUUUUCAAAAUUAUACCAGUUGUAUAACCUUCAUUUUGAAAAGGAAUUUUUGUUUAAAAAAACAGUCAAAUACAAAACUAUUUCCACUUCCAGAACCAUUUUUAUUUGCAAUACAAGCACCGUGGGACUAAAAAGAAUGAAUUGUGUGUUAUUGUUUCUCCUUUAAAAAAACCCCAAGCAUAAGCACAUUGUGUAACUAUUACAAAAAAGAGUAUUCUCAUGAUACACUCUAGGCUUUGUUAUACAGCUAUUUUACUUGGCAAAUCUUCAGCCUUGGUCAGGUCAAUUUCUAAAUAAAUCCUCUCUGCUCCAGCCUUAUGAAAAAAUCUAAAUUGGAUGGGCACUGUAUUUAGUACAGUUUUGUUAAACAAGAUCCUGUAUCUAAUUUCUUUAAUUCAUAAUAAUAAUAUAAUGCAGAUGGCAAGAAUGACUCACAAUUCAAAACACAAGAAUAACACAGAAAACCAUUGCUUGAACUGUUGUGAGUAAACCUGGAGACAUAAAAUCCAUGUAUAAUAUGUUUAAUGUAUAUACAUUGAUUCAUAAUAUUAUUUUGUAAAAGUAAUGCUUUUUUGUUGUUCAUUUGUAUUUAUACAUUUCAUAUUAUAAUACAAAUAUAAUGUUCUUGCACACUGAAGACAUAAUGCUGCAUCUGCACUAUUGGACCUUGGAGCACUUUCCAGUUGCCUUUUUCAGCUGCAAGCCUCAGCGCUACAGAGGGUCAAAUGUAUAGAAAUUACACACGAUUUUUUUU